CAAUUGCGCAAGGUUUUCCACUGACCAAUCACAGAGCAGUUCGUUGUAAGGAGACUACUAGUGUGGAGCCUUUGUGUUGACAUCUUCGGGGCAUUGAGAGGAGAGGCCUCCAACAUCUUCCAUAAUGCUGUCUAGCAAGAAAUCAGAUGCUGGUUCCUCCUCCUCCUCCUCUUCAUCUUCUGCACCAGGAGGUGAUAGAGCCCCGGGUUCUGACAUCCAGACGGGACCUGUGGCCUCAGUGGCUGGAGUUAUGGAUUCAAAGAAAAAGGAGCGGUCUUCCCCUAGUGGGGAGCACGGAGGAGCUUCGUUAUCCCACCAGCCAGGCCCCGGAGGGGCAGAUCAGGACUCUGCUGAAGUCCGUAGGACGAGUCGACGCAAGCGAGCAAAACAGGUGGAGUACCGCGAGAUGGACGAAAGCCUGGCUAAUCUUUCGGAGGAUGAAUAUUACUCAGAGGAGGAGAGGAACGCCAAAGCAGAGAAAGAAAGGAAGCAGGUCAUCCCUCCUCCACCUCCACCAGUUGAGGAAGAGAAUGACAGUGAACCAGAGGAACCAUCUGGUGAGUGUUUGGAAGGUGCUGCUUUCCAGAGCCGUCUUCCUCAUGACCGCAUGACAUCCCAGGAAGCAGCCUGCUUCCCUGACAUCAUCAGUGGACCCCAACAGACUCAGAAGGUCUUCCUGUAUAUUCGCAACCGUACGCUCCAACUGUGGCUGGACAACCCCAAAAUACAGUUGACCUUCGAAGCCACAGCACAACAACUUGAAGCUCCAUAUAACAGUGAUACUAUGUUGGUCCACAGGAUACACAGCUACUUAGAAAGGCAUGGCCUCAUUAACUUUGGUAUUUAUAAGAGGGUCAAGCCUUUACCCACUAAGAAGACCGGGAAGGUUAUAAUCAUUGGUGGAGGUGUGUCUGGCCUAGCUGCAGCCAGGCAGUUGCAGAGCUUUGGGAUGGAUGUUACUGUACUGGAAGCCAGGGACCGUGUUGGAGGCAGAGUGGCCACAUUUAGGAAGGGCAACUAUGUUGCAGAUCUGGGAGCCAUGGUAGUCACAGGGCUGGGAGGAAAUCCUAUGGCAGUGGUCAGUAAGCAGGUAAACAUGGAACUAGCCAAGAUCAAACAGAAGUGUCCACUGUAUGAAGCCAAUGGCCAGGCUGGUGAACGGUGCACAAGUGUCCCAAAAGAAAAAGAUGAGAUGGUGGAGCAGGAGUUCAACAGAUUGCUGGAGGCCACCUCUUACCUCAGCCACCAGCUGGACUUCAACUUCCUCAACAACAAGCCUGUUUCCCUGGGACAGGCCCUGGAAGUGGUCAUACAGCUGCAGGAGAAGCAUGUAAAAGACGAGCAGAUAGAACACUGGAAGAAGAUUGUAAAGACUCAGGAAGAGCUCAGGGAUCUUCUUAAUAAGUUGGUAGCCACUAAAGAACGUGUUAAGGAGCUCCAUCAGCAGUAUAAAGAAGCAAGUGAAGUAAAACCCCCCAGAGAUAUCACUGCUGAGUUCCUGGUGAAGAGCAAACACAGAGACCUCACCGCACUCUGUAAGGAGUUUGACGAGUUGGUCGAGAUGCAGGUCAAACUCGAGGAGAAGCUCCAAGAACUCGAGGCCAAUCCACCCAGUGAUGUUUACCUGUCAUCAAGGGAUCGGCAGAUCCUAGACUGGCACUUUGCCAACUUGGAGUUUGCCAAUGCUACACCCCUCUCCACCCUUUCUCUCAAGCACUGGGAUCAGGAUGAUGACUUUGAGUUCACUGGCAGCCACCUGACAGUAAGAAAUGGUUACUCAUGUGUUCCUGUGGCCUUGGCUGAGGGUCUUGACAUCAAACUAAACACAGCGGUGCGGCAGGUCCGAUAUACAGCAUCUGGCUGUGAGGUUAUAGCUGUAAACACUCGCUCCACAACUCAGACCUUCAUCUACAAGUGUGACGCUGUGCUGUGCACACUGCCUCUUGGCGUGCUGAAGCAGCAGCCACCUGCAGUCCAGUUUGUUCCUCCAUUGCCAGAAUGGAAGACAUCAGCUAUACAGAGGAUGGGCUUUGGCAACCUCAACAAGGUGGUGCUGUGUUUUGACCGUGUGUUCUGGGAUCCGAGCGUUAACCUGUUCGGUCACGUCGGCUCCACCACUGCAAGUCGGGGCGAACUCUUCCUGUUCUGGAACCUCUACAAAGCCCCGAUUCUACUCGCUCUGAUGGCUGGUGAGGCUGCUGGCAUUAUGGAGAACAUCAGUGAUGAUGUUAUAGUCGGACGCUGUCUGGCCAUUCUUAAAGGAAUAUUUGGAAGCAGUGCUGUGCCACAGCCAAAGGAAACUGUGGUCACCCGCUGGCGUGCCGACCCCUGGGCGAGAGGAUCCUACUCGUAUGUAGCAGCAGGUUCUUCAGGUAACGACUAUGACCUGAUGGCGCAGCCUAUCACACCUGGCCCAGCGAUACCGGGAGCCUCCCAGCCUGUCCCUCGUCUCUUCUUCGCCGGUGAGCACACCAUCAGAAAUUAUCCCGCUACAGUUCAUGGGGCCCUCCUCAGCGGUCUUCGAGAGGCUGGCCGCAUUGCUGAUCAGUUCCUCGGUGCCAUGUAUACACUCCCCAGACAAACCACUCCCACAGCCACCAGUAACCCUCAGCAGGCGCAGCCCACUGCCACCGUCUGAGUUCUUCCCAGCACAGGACUGUAUUAUCAACUAAAGCAAUUUGUGAUGAAUUUAAAAAAAAAAAAAAAAAAAAAAAAAAAG